AUGAGAGACUUGAAAUCAAAGGUGCCCAAGGGGCAGGAUGUGAUGAAGGAUUUCAACGACUGGGAGCUACGCCUUCAAGCAUGUGCAAUUUUCGGCUUGGAGUCUGACCUGGUUGCACUCACGAUGCAAGCUACUAAGAGGGAGAAGUAUCUUGCCGCGGUGAAGGAGCAAGGCAGCCUCACAUUCUACCAGAAGUGCCUCUUACAAAAGCCUGUCUGCCGGACAUCUCCAUGGAGCGAAGCGGAGGAGGAGGAGGCGCGCCAGCGCACAGCAGUCAAAAGCGAUGAUUUCGUCAUACCAUUUUCCGAUCUUAAUGUUGACGACCGUCCACACCGAUGGGCACCCGUCAUUUCAAAAUGCAAGGUCAAGACCAAGAGCGACCCUGGUGAGCUGAACAGUGGCAAAACGGAAGAGUCUAGCUUCUUCUCACUGCCAACUCCUGAAGCAAGCAAUAUCUCCGGAACUGAACACAAGACCGAGACCGAUGACGAGGGCUGUCUUGACCAGACAAUCGAGACGGACAAACGAGCCUUCACGGUCUUUGAGAGUCUUUUCUACAAUUCCCCAUAG